GAGGAGCGGGUGAGCCCGGGAUGAGCUGAGCAGAGCGGAGCCCAGGGCCGGGAUGGAGGAGGCGACGGACGCCUACACCUACGGCUUCGACAACGAUACGGACUGCGAGUAUGCGGAGUGGGGCCCCUCGCUGGCCCUGCUUCCUACCAUCUACCUGCUGGUCUUCCUGCUGGGCACCACCGGCAACGGGCUGGUCCUCUGGACCGUCUUCAAGGGCGGCCGCGACCGCCGGCGCUCGGCCGACACCUUCAUCGCCAACCUGGCCGUGGCCGAUCUCACCUUCGUGGUCACCCUGCCCCUCUGGGCCGCCUACGCCUGGCUGGGCUACCACUGGCCCUUCGGCACGGCCGCCUGCAAGGUCAGCAGCUACCUGGUGUUCGUCAAUAUGUACGCCAGUGUCUUCUGCCUGACCGGCCUCAGCUUCGACCGCUACCUGGCCAUCGUCCGGCCGCUGGCCACCGCCAAGCUGCGCUCGCGGGUCAGCGGGCUGCUGGCCACCGUGGCCCUGUGGCUGCUGGCAGCGCUGCUGGCACUGCCAGCCCUGGUGCUGCGGCGGGCGGCCGCCCUCGGCGAGGACACCAAGAUAUCCUGCUACAUGGACUACGGGGAGCUGGCGGCGCAGGGGACGGAGAGCGCCUGGGAGGUGGGGCUGGGGCUCUCCUCCACCGCGCUGGGCUUCGUGGCCCCGUUCGCCGUGAUGCUGACCUGCUACUUCUUCAUCGCCCGCACCGUGGCCACUCACUUCCGCCGGGAGCGGGCAGAGGGGCCCCGCAAGCGCAAGCGCCUCCUCACCAUCAUCACGGUGCUGGUGGCCGCCUUCGGGGGCUGCUGGCUGCCCUUCCACCUGGUCAAGACCCUCUACGUGCUGAUGGACCUGGAGGUGCUGCCCUGGUCCUGCACCCUCCACACCUUCCUCAACAACCUCCAUCCCUACUGCACCGGCAUCGCCUUCAUCAACAGCUGCCUCAACCCUUUCCUCUACGCCUUCUUCGACCCCCGUUUCCGCCACGCCUGUGCCGCCCUUCUCUGCUGCCGGACCCCCGGCCCCGGCCCCGAGCGCUCCGCCAGCUACUCCUCGGGGCACAGCCACCCCCCCGGUGGCAAGGGGGGCCCCGGCCCGGGGGGCAAGCUGGACCCCGCCACACAGGAGACGCUCUUCCGCGCCUGA